GAAAAAUUUAAAAUUUAAAAUAGUAAUAAUAUAUUAUGUAACUAUUCGUACAUAAUAUCAUAAAUUAAAAAAAAAAUUCAAAUGAUUUUUGUGCCAGACGUGACAAAUACACCCAAACAUACUCCUUUAGAGAAGGGUAUUUUGUCAGUGAGUUGUUACUUGCGUUUAGAGGUUAUUGUAUAGCAUUUCAUUUUAUCUAUCUCCAUCGCGAGUACUUACUACAUAUAUUAUUUUCUUUCCUAUAAUAGGUAUACUUAUUCCAUAAACUCGAAAGUUAUCGUCGAAGUUAACUGACAUAAUAUGAUUAAAUCAUUCUAGCAAUGUAAGUAAUACAAGAAAACCUCACAUCAAAUAUUAUAGACGGUGCUCGUUAUGUAUAUCUAUAUGAUUAACAUUAUUAAAGGUAUCAGGUACCUACAUUUUUAACGUUAAAAAAAUGCAUAUAUCGUAAAGAGAAAAACAAUUAUAGUUCUAUUGAUAAUAAUAUUAUGUUUUAUGUUAGUAUAAAACGAUACUCGCCGUGGAUCAUUUAUUGAAAAACGAAAUAAUAAUAAUAAUAAAAAAAACGUUUCUGCUUUCCAACAAUAUCCGUUUUAGUAUCGGGCAGAGGUCAUGAGCCGGCCGACAGAUUCGUACACACAUACAGAGGUACAUACACACGCUCGUUCGCGUACACAUCACCGUAUAUAUCUACGUUCAGCGUUCGUAUUAUCGUCGUCUUCGUCGUCGUCAUAGCAGAGAAGCGGAGAGGCGAGUAAGUAUCGUAUCUACCGGUAACGAUUUCAAUUUCUAUAAAAAAACACACACACACACACACACACACACACACACACUAUAAGACGACGAUGCGUAUAUAUUGCAAAACCAGUUCGGCAGAAAAGAUUGAAUGAGUGAGAGAGAUGGAAUGAGUUAGUGUGUGCGUGUGUGUGAGGGAGAAAGACGCGUAUAGACGUAGCGCAGACAUAGACACAGACAAGCUGUGCACCGCACUGCAGGAAACGCUGCGGAGAAAGAGAGUCCGCCCGUCGUAACCGGUCGAACGUUCAAUUUCAUUCACAAAUCCGUCGAAUUUCCCCCUCUCCCUGGAAAAUACGAAUCCACCUCCCACCCCCUGCAACAGGUUCCCCCCUGCAGACGUGUCUCGGAGCUUUACCCCCCCCCCCCGUUGUGGCUCGCGCGCGUGACUGAUACUCGCCGGGCGGAAAGCGUUAUUCAUCAUCAUUGCCCGGCAAUAAGUGGCCCAGUAGAGGUGUGCGCGCAUGUGUGUGUGUGUGUGUGAUUACAAAGUAGUGAACGUGUGUGCGAUCGCGCCAAAAAGUCGAAAAUGCCGGCAAACCGCAUACUAUCGUGGCAGCACGGCACCCCGUACGACAAUCCUCCGCGCGACGAGUGAAUUACUACGUUCAAUCCUCCGAAAAUAGAGUACACGCGCAGGACACCGCGAUAUUCGCAAUCAUUUUUACUUUUUUUUAAACGGAUUUUUUUUUAUUAUUCAAUAUUUUUUUCACUCGCCACUACAUUGUAUUGGCUGUACAUCGAUAACGUAUUAUAUUCAUCGCUGCAAGUCACAUAUACGUUAUAAUAUUGUAAUAGUCACUCAAUAUUAUCUUGUACGCGAUGAUGGUCAAGAUGCGGUGCUUGUUCGUGGUUAACGUGCUCGUGUUGAAGAUCAUGGUCGGCACUGCCGAAACACCGGACGGUCAAUCACAGUGGGCUCACAAAGACACCGCUGCAACGUCCGCCGGGACGACGAUGACGGACGGCCGGAACGUGAUCUCGCCGCGGAUGGAUUUCGAAGAAUGGACGCCGUUGGGCCGCGGCGACCCGCUCAAAAACGACCCGACGUUCGACUAUCUGCCGCCGGUGCUGGAUCGAGUGCACUAUUGGAAACCGCCGCCCCCGGCGGCCACCAAUCGCGCGCACUAUUACUCGUCCGCGUCCGCCGCGACGCCGACCACGCCGCCGUCGCAGGCCGUUCACGGCGGCGGUUACAACCGACGGUUUUUCCUGACGGACUUUUCGAAAAGAGAACAACCGGUGGUCACCACUUACGCGGCUAUCAAGAGGCCGCCACCUCCCAACAACAAUCUGCUGCAGCCUCACCACCAUCACCAUCACCAUCCGCAACAACAACAAAUCCAACACCACUUGCAAACGUUACAGGCGGCACCCGCGGCCGGUUACCACUACUCGAUGCACCCGGCCGCGGCCGUGCCCAGGACUCCGCUGCCGAUGCUCACUCCGCCGCCGUACCAACAGUGGUCGUCCACGGCCAGCGACGUUCAGCGCCAGUCUGCGUCGGACGUGCCGGGCAACGCUGUGGCCGAGAGCAAGCAACCGCCGCCGACCAUGGUCCGGGCCCCGACUCGGCCAGUCUCGCCGUCGUCCAAUCAUUUGGCCGUCGUCAAGGCCCUGUUGGACGACGAAGUCGACCGGACCACCGUCACGACGACCGCAGCAGCCGCCACCACGGCCGCCGUCUGGAUGACGACCACGCCGCCGCCGCCGCCCGUCACCAUGACGCCAACUUCGCCGCCCGCCGCUCCGAUGGCCGCGGCCGCUCGGACCACGCCUCCGGUGGUCGCGUCGGAUCCGCUGUUCGCGCAUUACAGACAGUCACCGGUCACAGGCCGUCCAAUGUACCUCAUCAUACAGGGUCACUCAAAGGUCAAGACUUACGGAUCGGCCAGCAAGACGGACGAUCUGAACGCGGCCCCCGUGCAGGUACACGACCACAACCACAUCGGCAACCAACCGCUGGACGAACCUAGUCGGAGGAAACGCGACCACUACCGCGGUCGACGUCGAUAAAACACUACACAAAAUCUUCGGUCAAGUUUUCCCCGAUUUUUUUUUUUUUUUUUUAUAUUGGCUCCAAGAGAAGGCUUUGGAUAAUCCGACGGUGGUAUGGCACAUAAUAUGAUAUAAUACACGACUUAACGUUAAUUUGUUAUAAUAUCGUCGGGUUUACUGACUGUGCGCUUCCGGUGUUGUCCUUUUUCCGAAUUAUUCCAAUUUUCAUGUUUUUUUAAGAUAGUUAAAGACAAUGCAAUGUGCAUGUACUUAGUAUAAAGCAUUAUCCUCAGUUCACAAAGAAAAUAGUAUCGGAAAUUGCUUGUUCUAAUUCUAUUUAUUCAGCCCAAAUAUUCAACGAAAUCAUCUGCUUAAUCAUUAUUCAACCGUAAAAAUAGAAGUUUUCGCUUAAAAAUCAAAAUUUGUUACUCCAUAAAUCAAAACUUCAAUAAAUACAACUAUUCGAUAAAAAAAAAUAAAAUGGUGUAUGGGCAUGGUUGGUGAAUCGCUCCGAUAAAUAUGAGUUAAUUAUGUAUAUAAUAUAUAACAUUUAAAUACAUAAUUUUCAAAAUGAUCCACUUCAAAUCUGUAGACACUUAUUUCGGUGUUGUUUCAGCAUAAUAGUGAGACGACAAUCUGAUGCAAAUUGGUCGAAAAAU